UGGCAGGUGGGUUUUGCAAAUUCUUGCAAAGAUGAAUGAUUUGAUGACGAAGUCGUUCUUAAGUUAUGUGGAUUUAAAGAACCUAGCCCAGAAAGAUCUUGAAGCAGAACAUGACCUUGAAGCAGGCAGACUCAAUCCCACAAAUGAUCAGAACCUCUCUCGGUUCUUUCAAGAAGUUGCACCAGUCAAGGCCUCCAUGGAAGAGAUAGGCAGUCUCUUGUUUGAUCUUCAAAAUCUUAAUGAAGAAACAAAGUCCACUCACAGUGCCAAAGUUCUUCGAGGCCUAAGAGAUCGGAUGGAAUCAGACAUAGUUUCUGUUCUUAGAAAAGGCAAGGUUGUCAAGGCAAGUCUAGCAGCCAUUGACAAAGCCAAUGUAACCAAUCGCAGAAAAUCAGACUUGUAUAAGGAAGGAAGUCCAGUUGAUCGAACUAGAACAUCAGUUACAAAUGGCUUGAGGGUCAAGCUUAGGGAGAUAAUGAUUGAAUUUCAGUCAUUAAGAUAUAAGAUUUUAGCUGAUCAAAAGGAAGACCUCAAGAGAAAAUACUACACUGCCACGGGAGAGGUACCGAGUGAAGAGAUGAUUGAAAGCAUGGUUUCCAAAGGAGAAAGAGUUCAAGUAUGUGAAGGGAAAACAGAUUUGAGAAGUAAAGAGAGGCAAGAAGCUGUAAUGGACAUACAGAAAAGCUUGACCAGGCUUCAUCAAGUUUUUCUUGACAUGGCUGUGCUGGUUGAGGCACAAGGGGAACAAAUAAAUGAUAUUGAAGAGAAUGUGGCAACUGCUAGCAAUUAUAUAAGUGGUGGAACCAACAGUCUUUACUAUGCCAAUCAGAUGAGGAAGAAGACGAAGACAUGGAUUUACUGGGUUUGGGCUGUUGCAGUGAUUAUACUGUUGGUUUGUGCUAUUUCCAUGUUGGCUACCUGAUAGAAGAGCAGCUGUGGGAGGGUUGGAACUGUAGAGAGGUUUGUGGUCU